AUGGCUCCUAAGAAUGUUGAUGGUGAGGAAAAAGUACAAUGGCCUUCCAAACAUGAAGAGUUUUUUAUACAUAUAUUGCAUGAUCAUGUGAAGAAGGGUGACUUGCAAGCAUCAACCUUUAAAACGAAAGUUUGGUCUGAAAUAAGCGAGGAGUUGUUAGCAAAAUGUGGAAAAAAAUGCACUGUUAAGCAACUUAAGUCUAAGUUUAAUAGGUUGCGAAUUGCACAUCGUGAGUUCUCGGACCUAAUUGAGCAUACUGGAUUUGGGUGGGAUCCUAAUGCUAACACAGUCACAGCCUCAGAGGAUGUUUGGGCUAGUUACAUUAAGAGUAAGCCAAGAGCGAAGCAAUAUCGUACUCAAGGUUUAGUGCACUAUCAGCUUUUAGGGGAGAUAUUCAACACCACUACUGCAACCGGUCAGUUGCGUUAUGCCUCUAAUCAACUUCCUCCUAACUCAGAUGAGGAGCGUGAGUUAGAGAACAAUUUCCUUAACACUGGUGUUCAUAUUGAUGUUGACUUGGAUGAUGAUGGUUUUAACCUAGAAACUGAUCAUGGUAAAGGAAAAAGAAAGAGUGUAACUGCUACCCCACCUGAGCGUCGUUCAAAGAAAUGGGAUAAAAUGGAAUCCUAUUUGGAGGUUUGCAGUGAAGUUAUGAGUCAAAGAUUGCAAACAAUUCAAAAGGAAAAGAGUGUUGAGGCAUCUAGCACCUCCAAGGAGAUGUAUUCUAUUGAAGAAUGCAUUGGAAUUGUUGAAGAAAUGGGAGAUAUUGAUAAUGACACAUUCAACAAGAUGCUAGAAAAAAUUGUGCUUAUUGAAUGGAGAAAAAUAUUUGUUACAAUGUCGGAUGCUAGGAGGAGAUCUUGGUUAGCUAGUCUUUAG